AUGCAGCGGAGCUCAGGCACCGCUACGGCCACUGCCACCAUAGAAGCUGACAGCAGCAGCAGCAGCAGCAGCAGCAGCAGCACGAAGAGCCGCAGCAGCAGCAGCAGCAGUGGUGGUGGUGGCGUUGUUUCAGCAGCAAGCUCCAGCAAUCCGCUGCUGCCUUCUUCUGUGUUUCCUCUCUUCUUAACGCUUCGGCCUCCUCUGCCUUUCUCUGUUCCCUCUUCAUACACCUCACCGCCUGCAGCAGCAGACGGCAGUACAUCGAUAGCGGGUGUACCUGACGGUGGGGUUGCUGCAACAGCAGCAGCAGCAAAAGCGCCACCAGCAGCAGCAGCAGCACCGGCACCAUCACCAGCAGAAACAGCUGCUGCUACCACCCCUGUAGCAGCAGCAGCAGCAGCAGCAGCAGCAGCCAAAGACCCUGCAUCAGCACCUGUAGCAGCAGCUUCAUCAGGGGAAGGAUCCUCGUCACCACCCGCAGCAGCAGCAACAUCAACAGCAACAGCAGCAGCAGCAGCAGCAGCAGCAGCAGCAGCAGGAGCAGCAGCAAAACUAGAAGGAAAAGAAGAAGAAGAAGCAGCAUACGAAGAAGUAGAAAUAACAGAGUUAGAGUUUGACGCCGUAGAUAAACAAUUUGUUUAUCCUUGCCCGUGCGGUGAUCUCUUUGAACUGCCCAUCACCUCUCUCAAGGCAUCAGCAGCAGCAGCAGCAGCAGCAGCAGCAACAACAGCAGCAGGAGCAGGAGCACCAGCAGCAGGAGCACCAGCAGCAGGAGCAGCAGCACCACCACCAGCAGCAGCAGGAACAGCAGCAGGAGCAGCAGCACCAGCACCAGCACCAGCAGCAGCAGCAGGAGCAGCACCAGCAGCAGCAGCACCAGCAGCAGCAGCAGGAGCAGCAGCAGCAGCAACAGGAUUCAGGGGUUUUGUGUUUGCUUCUUGUCCUUCUUGUUCUUUAAAGCAGCAACUGCAGCAGCAGCAGCAGCAGCAGCAAAUGCAGCAGCAGCAGCAGCAGCAGCAAGAGCUGCAGCAGCUGGAGCAACUGCAACAGCAGCCGCAGCAGCAGCAGCAGCAAGAGCUGCAGCAGCUGCAGCAGCAGCAGCAUGAUCAGGCCACCGCAGCAGCGCCGGUAGCAGGAACACCAGCACCAGCAGCAGCAGCAGCAGCAGCAGCAGCAGCAGCAGAAGCAGAAGAAUCAAAAGCAGCAGAAGCAGCAGCAGCAGCAGCAGCAGCAGCAGAUGGGACUUCCUUUUGGCAUGCAUUCAAUCCUCCCCUGCGCGGCGAGGUAUUUGGAGAGCAGCAGCAGCAGCAGCAGCAGCAGCAGCAGCAGCAGCAACAGCAGCAGCAGACUGCAGCAGCAGCAGCAGCAGCAAACGUGCAGUAUAUGAACCUCGUAGAGGAAGCAGUAAAAAACCUGCAGAGGUACCGCCUCGAUCCAAGGCACACCCAGCAGCAGCAGCAGCAGCAGCAGCAGCAGCAGCAACAGCAGCAGCAGCAGCAGCAGCAGCAGCAGCAGCAGAAUUUGGCUCCUGGUGUGAGUUUGAUGCUGCGUGGCUCUGAGACGAUACAGGUGAUAGAUGUAUGUAAAACAGAAGAAGAAAAAAGUAAAAAUUUAUCUGCUGCUGCUGCUGCUGCUGCUGCUGGUGAUCCUGCUGCUGCUGCUGCUGCUGCUGCUGCUGCUGCUGCUGCUGAAAUAGGAGAAGACGAAUAUGAAUAUGAUUUAUAUGCAAUUGAUAACGAAGACGAAGCAGAAGAAUAUAAUAUAUACACAACAGCAGCAGCAGCAGCAGCAGCAGCAGCAGCAGGAGCAGGAAGAGGAAGCAAACAAGGAGCAGCAGCAGCAGCAGCAGCAGCAGCAGCAGCAAAUAGACACAGAGAACGUCUGCUGACGAUACAGGUGAUAGAUGUAUGUAAAACAGAAGAAGAAAAAAAUGACGAAGGGGAAAUAGAUUAUCCAAGCAGCGACAGCAGCGGGAGGCGGCUGCGGCGCAGCAGCAGCAGCAGCAGCAGCAGCAGCAGCAGCAGAAGCAGCAGCAGCAGCAGCAGCAGCAGAAAAAGAAGAAGCAGCAGCAGAAGAAAGUGGGAUUACUGUGAUGAUGAUGAUGACUUUUAUUAUACAGACGAAGACGAUGAUUCUUUUUAA